GUUUUGAGUUUAAUAUAAAUAUUUUGCGUUUGAGUAAAUAAUUGUAUAGUAGUACCUGAUGUCCGGUAGGCCGGUUUUCAAAAGAUGCACUUGAUAUUUUUGUUUGGUUUUCUUGCAGUGUUUGCCGAGAGAGGCUAUGCUGGAAGCUUCACUUUCUGUAAGUCCAGCGAUGACGGAUGUUUGUUGAAAAGUAUCCAAAGUGCCAUUACCUCGUUGAAAUCGGGAAAUUCAGAAUAUGGACUUAAAUCUCUGGACCCGCUUAGGAUGGACAAAAUGACCUUCGGCGCUGGUAGAGGACCAGUCCAGCUAGUCCAGAAUUAUGACAAUGUUACAUUAUCUGGACUCUCGAAUAUGACUGUGACUAAAGCUCACUACGAUGCUCAGAAGAAAUCUCUACUGUUUCUUGCCAAUGUUCCAAAAGUAAUCCAAAAAGGUCACUACGCUCUCGACGGAAAAAUAUUAGCUUUACCAGUCGUUGGCGACGGAGCAUCUACAUUAACACUUGAAAACGUCGACUUUAUUUACAACUUCCAGUUCGAAGAAACGAAAAAAGGCGGUCAAACGUACUUCAAAAUCAAAUCUCUUGCACACAGCAUUAAACCAAAUCAUCUGACAUUGAAUUUUGAAAAUCUGUUCAAUGGCAAUAAAUUGUUGGGAGAUAACAUGAAUAAACUAGUCAACGAGGAAUGGCGAGCUGUAUAUGAUGACGUAGAAGGAAACGUUGAGACCAGUUAUGCUGAAGUUUAUCGUAAAUACGCUCAAGACUUUUUGGAUAAAGUGCCUGUUGACAAGUUAUUUUUAAAUUAGUAUACUUAAUUAAUUAAUAUAUUUUUUAACGAGC